AUGGAUUUGACUAAAUCUGCAUUAAAUAUGCCAUUUGCUGCCUAUUCACACUCCUUUAAAGAAAAACCGAAUCUAAUAAUAAUUGUCGACAACAGAGUAUAAUAAAUUCACUCUACCUUAGCUAUUUUCAGCAAGAGCUACAUGCAAAGCUAAUUAAUAUCAAGAGCUACAUACAAAGCUAAUAAAUCUUUAUUUCAAGCAAGAGUUAAUAGAACCAAUGGUAUUCUUACAGUAUUAACAUUAGAAGACGUUCAAAAAGUCAUCUAUAUAUUAAUUAAAGUAAAAGCUAAUUAAUUAAAAAUUUUUUUGAGAUACCAUAAAACUUCUUAAAUCAACAUGUGA